CAAAAAUGACGAAUAAUAAUUUUAUAAUAAUUACCUCCUGCAGCUUUAAUGCAGCCUUUAUCAUUCCUAUUAUUCUGUGUCAUUUUCAAACUGCCUACAAUGCCUGAAUAGUAUUCUUUCAGUGAUCCCUCUGUUGGAUCAGUUGAAGUCAGUCCUGGUUCAUUAGUGAGUGGGGGGGGGUUGGCUCCGGGUCGCUGCUGUAGAUCAGUAUCAGGUGGAUUAAUCCGCUCUGUCGCCUGUUGCGCUGCGUCUGGAUGAGGAAAUGUUGGCGCGCGUUUGGAGCCGUUGCGCUCGGAUCACCGGACUCUGUGAACCACGAAUGAACACAGCGGGAAGAUGAACCUCUCCUCGGCGAACUCGUCCUCCUGGAAAGCGGAGUCGGUGGUGAUCUCUCUGGGGUUCUCGGUGAUCUUCCUGGUCGGCACCGUGGGGAACUCUCUGGUCCUCGCGGUGCUGUUUCGGAACGGGCAGAUGAACACCAAAACCACCAACCUGUUCAUCCUCAACCUCGGGAUAGCGGAUCUGUGCUUCAUUGUGUUCUGCGUGCCCUUUCAAGCCACCAUCUACACGCUGGAUGAAUGGGUGUUUGGCCCCGUGGUGUGUAAAGUCGUGCACUUCAUCAUUUUCCUCACCAUGUACGCGAGCAUCUUCACCCUGACAGCUGUGUCCCUGGACAGGUGCGUCCGACCUCCUCUCUCAAAGCCUAAAAGGUAUUUAGUAAUUUGCUACCCGCUGCGCUCCCGGGAGAUGAGAACACCGAAGAAUGCCCUCACCUCCAUUGGCCUGGUCUGGGCCUUGGCCCUGGUGUUCUCCGGUCCAUAUCUGAGCUACUACACGCAGCUGGACCUGGCCGGCACCGUGGUGUGUAUCCCUGCCUGGGAGUCCAAACCACGCAUCGCAAUGGACAUGUGCACCUUUGUCUUCGGCUACCUUAUCCCCGUCCUGGUGCUCGGCCUGACCUACGCUCGUACCGUCCGAUACCUGUGGACCAGCGUGGACCCCGUGAAGGACAUGUCCGAGUCGAGGCGGGCCAAGCGGAAAGUCACCAAGAUGAUCAUCAUUGUCGCUGCUCUCUUCUGUCUCUGCUGGCUCCCCCAUCACCUGAUCAUCCUCUGCAUGUGGUUCGGAAGCUUCCCCCUCAACCACGCCACCUACGUCCUCCGCAUCCUCUCCCACCUGGUGGCGUACACCAACUCCUGCCUCAACCCCAUCGUCUACGCGCUCGUCUCCAAGCACUUCCGCAAAGGCUUCAGGAAGGUGUUCAGCUGCUCGCUGAGGAGGAGGGAGGUCAACAAGGUGCACGUCGUCCAGGCAGUGAACACGGUGAGCAGCGUGGAGACGUCCAACUGAAGACGACGGAAAAGAACCGGACCAGACGAAGGAGAAGAAGAGCCAACUGAACAUUUAAGAAGUCUUUAGACGACGUAAUGUGACAAAAAUAUUAACAUCACAAGACUAAAAAACAUCUGAUUGAGUAAGACGGCAGGGUUAUUGAUCAUCUCCAGUUAUUGUUAGUCUGCAUUCUGGUAAUUAAAUUGAUCACAAAAGAGAAAAACGGGCGUGGUUUGUCACAAUCUGGUUAAAAAAAAAGGACACAGAUUGAUUGAUUGAUCAAGUGAAGGCAACUCAUUUGACCUCGUAGUUGCUAGCAGCGAAGCUCCAGGGCUUGCAGUGGUCCAGACUGAAAUAUCUCAACAAUUCGCUGAUGGAUGGACAUAAAAUUGGGUGCAGACAUUCACGAUCACUGCAGGAAGAAGCCUUUGACCUCAUGUGCCACCAUGAUUGUUUUUUGGUGAAAUGUCUAGCGCCAUCAUCAGGUCAAAAUCUCACUCCGACCAAGAAUUUAGUUUAUGACCAAACGCCUGCAGAAAAACCAAAGACCAUCACAUACUAAAGACAUAACACUAAAUUAAGAUGGUGAACAUUAUCCUUUCUAAACAUCACGUUAUGUUAGCAUUUAGCUCAAAGCACCACUUUCUUUAUUUUUUUAGGCUUUUCUGAACACGUUACAGUCAGUAUUAUACGCACCGCUUCAGACACCAUAGUUUGCUAACAUUGUUGUUUCCGGAAGUUGGUCCCUAGCACCUCGUGAAGGACGGGAAGCUAUGAUCAGAAUCUGGAUCAAGACUUGUCUAGAUCCACGUUAGAUUUAUGGUUUAAGAUUCAUGGUUUAAUGGGACACUAACAAAGUCUUCAGAUACCUUGAUUUGUGUCUAAUUCUGUUUAUUGUGCCAGAAAUUAAAAGCACAUGUGGACGCUGAGAUUUAUGGUUGGUCAGGUUCUGAAGUACUUUUCCUGGAGGUCCUGCUGGCUGAACACGUUUCAUCAUGAAGAUCAUUUAAAAUAAUUUAAUGAAGAUCAUUUAGACACUAAAUAAAGGGAUAUUACCACUAUUGUAUUCAGUGACUUGUGCGAUUACAGUUCAGUAUUACUAAUAAAUUCAUUUAUGUAACACGUUUAAGAGAAAAGUUGCAAAGUGCUUUCUUCUAUGGAAGCCUGUUUCCACCAAUGUGACGGAAAAGGUUCUCUAAGUCAUUAUAAUGAGAAACUUUCCCAAAAUAUUGACUGAGUGUAAGUCAUUAUUUUGAGAAGGUUUCUCAUUAUAAUGACUUACAGAAUCAAAACUCACAGCUACAAAGAUACCGUAACAAUAUGUUUUUUAAAUUAAGAUGAAGAGUGACGGUGCCUGAUUUAGGUCAUCAGCUUCAUCCCAGAGGAGUUUGUAGAAGGAUGACUCGCUGAAAGCUCAGAUGAGUCUCACAUGCGGAAGGUUGGCGGUGCAGGUUUUGGCUGGAAGCUGCUUACAUGAGCAGUCUGAGGAGAUGUGGGUGGUGUUUGAUGGUGGGAAAAAAAAAAGAAAUGUUAUGCAACCGACAGUUGCCAGACAGAUUUUCAAUCACUUCUACAUAUCUGAAUAUACGUCUGUUACUAAUCCAGCACCGUGUACACAAACCUCAACAGGCCUCAAUGUUCUGUGGCUUUAUGAAUAUGCUGCAUGAUGCUCGGUGUUGUAUGUGGUGAUAUACGGCUGGCUGAGCAGGGCUACGGGACAUUAAACCGACUGUUGCUGUAAUGUUUCUGUGUGUAUGCAUGCCGACAGUAUUAUUGUGCUGUACAGAACAUCAUCAGAGUUGUUGAACUAAUAAAUACAUCAGGUUGUUGCGUAA